CUGCACUAGUCUGCCUGCCUGUCCCAAGCUUCUCCAGAGACACGUUUGUCUGAGUAACAACAGAGACGAAAGCGCAGUUGUAUAUGGAGGAGCCCCGACUGUAGCGCAGGGACAAAACUGGGCAGGUUGGCAGUAGGAAGCCGCGGGGGGAAUGAGAGCACUGAUGUGGGGACUCGGAAAAUCGCAGGACUGUGUGGGACACUGAGACAAAAACAAGAAGUUAUGCCCCACGUUCCUACCGACGUGACCCUGCUUUUAUUACUAUAUUGCCUGUUCACUCGGCUGUUGUAAAGAACCUCUGGAUCCCAUGAAAGCGCUACAGGGCUAAGCGCAAUCCUUGCACUAUCCAGGAAACUUUGCGCCUUGGCACCAUGGAUUGCCCGGGCUGGCUGCUGGUGUUGCUGGGAUGCGUCUCUCUCGCCGCAGGGCUGAACAGCAUGGUCCGAAUUGGGUCUCAAUGUGAAAAGGCAUGUAAUCCCAGAAUGGGAAAUCUAGCCAUUGGCCGGAGUUUAUGGACAGAGACAACCUGUGGUCACAAUAACACUGAACUCUACUGCUCAUAUCGAGAGUACAUUGAACAGACUUGCACCGAGCCAAAAUGUGACAAAUGUAACUCCGCAAUGCCACGACUCUCUCACCCUCCUUCAGCAAUGGCAGACUCCUCCUUUAAAAUUCCACGAACUUGGUGGCAAUCAGCAAGGGAUACUCAACGGGAGGUCAUAAGAAUGGAUUUGGAAACAGAGUUUUAUUUUACUCAUUUAAUUAUGGUGUUCAAGUCUCCCAGACCAGCGGCUAUGAUUUUGGAGAGGUCACAAGAUUUUGGUGUCACUUGGACUCCAUACAAAUAUUUCUCCAUAAACUGUUCUGCAACAUUUGCUAUGGAAGACGACGUCCAUGAGAAAGGAGCGCUUUGUACUUCACGUUACUCCCAGGCACUUCCUUGUACUGGAGGAGAGGUUAUCUAUCGUACUAUGUCACCUCCAUAUUCGGCUCAGGACCCUUACAGCAAGGAGGCACAAGAUCAGCUGAAGAUCACCAACCUUCGAGUGCAACUGCUGAAGCAACAAGCAUGUCCAUGCCAUGAGAAGAACCCUGACAUUAAACCUCAGUAUUUCACACACUAUGCUGUCUACGAUUUCAUUGUAAAGGGCAGCUGUUUCUGCAAUGGACACGCAGAUCACUGUGUUGCUGCAGAUGGUUUUCGGCAAGUCAGAACAACUAGCAAAAUACAGGUGGUCCAUGGAAGGUGCAUCUGCAAACACAACACUGCAGGUCUCCACUGUGAACACUGUGCAGCUCUGUACAAUGAUCAACCAUGGCAAGCUGCAAAUGGUAAAACCGGGGAACCUAACACCUGCAAAAAGUGUAAAUGCAAUGGCCAUGCAGACAGUUGUCACUUUGAUAUGGCUGUAUGGUUGGGCUCAGGAAAUCGCACAGGAGGGGUGUGUGAUAACUGCCAACACAAUACUGAAGGAUCACAAUGUCAGAGAUGUAAACCUGGAUUCUUCCGUGACCUAAAGAUUCCAUUCUCAGCACCAGAUGCCUGCAAAGCAUGUUCCUGCCAUCCCAUCGGAUCAGCUGUACUUCCCUUUGGUAACAUCACAUUAUGCGAUCCCACAAAUGGAGACUGCCCAUGCAAGCCAGGAGUGGCUGGUCCUCAUUGUGAUCAAUGCAUGGUUGGCUACUGGGGCUUUGGAGAGUACGGUUGCAGGCCAUGUGACUGUGCAGGCAGUUGUGAUCCACUUGCUGGGGAUUGUAUCACCAACCUGGACAUCGACUGGUAUCGUGAAUUUCCCCAACUCUUGUCUGUGUAUAAUGAGAGUCAUCUAUCCUGGACCUGGGAAGAUGAACAAGGAUUUUCUGCUCUUCGCCAUUCAGGGAAAUGUGAAUGCAAGGAGCAAGCAUUGGGAAAGCCUGAGGUGUUUUGUGGCAUGAAAUACUCAUAUGUGCUGAAAGUAAAGAUCUUAUCAGCCCAUGAUAAAGGCUCGCAUGCAGAGGUCAACGUUCAAAUUAAAAAGGUGUUGAAAAUGUCAAAGCUAAAGAUUCUUCGUGGAAAGAGAACACUUUAUCCAGAAUCUUGGACUAACAGAGGGUGUACAUGUCCCAUCUUAAAUCCAGGCCUGGAAUACCUUGUGGCUGGAUACGAAGACAUACGGACAGGCCGUCUUAUUGUCAAUAUGAAAAGCUUUGUCCAAAUUUGGAAACCAGCUCUUGGAAAGAAGGUUCUGCAGAUACUAAAGCAGGACUGCAAAUGAGAAGAGGAGACCCUUGUGAUUUUUUUACAUGCACAAACAAUUUACUUUAUUGGGCACAGUGGGUAAAGGACAGGGAGGAAAGCCUGAUGAUUCCUGUGUACAGUACUUGGUUGAGAUUAUUAUUCAGACGGACAAUUCACGUUUCCUUAACAUCCUAUUCGGAUUCCUUCCAUUUUGAAAAUAUCUGGAAAUAUAAAAUUCAGUGAAUGUUUUAUGGUGACAAUGUGAAGAUAUAGACUGCAUGAUCUAGUGAUGGCUGGAUUGGUUUCCACUCCCCAGGCAAUGCUAUAAAUAAAUUAUUUUUUAUACAUUGAAGGUACAGUCCAAAACGACAAUACCUUAUAUCCUUGAAGCAUUCUAAGUGUUGUCCUUUAAAUAUAAAUAUUACAUUAUAAAAUGCACUUUACAGUCUGCUAAAUGAAAUUGUGAAACUUUUUUGCCUUUCCGUGCUGUAAGCAUGGCAUCGAAGUGUUCCAACCAUGAGCGUAUGCCACAUACACACUCUGCAAAAUGGUCUUAUUUGUUUUGUAUUCUGUAUUGUUUUGAAAGCUUAAUUUAUAUUGAACUAUAUUUCCAUGAAAAAAUAAAAUGCAAUUGUUUUUGUUUUGCA